AUGGGCGUGCUACGUUCGGCAUUGAGGAGCUACGAAUCGUCAUUCGCUCGUCGUCCUCUUUUGACGAUCGCAGUCACCAAUGCUGUCCUCGCCGGGGUGGGCGAUGCUGUCGCGCAAGAGCUGCCGGUCCUCUUGGGAUCAGCCGCCGUGCUCGGCCAAAUGCCACCUUAUGACCUGGAACGGACAGCGCGCUUCAUCUUCUAUGGCGCUUCCAUCGGCCCUCUGCUAGGCAAAUGGAACCAUUUCCUUGAAGUGACUUUCCCUCUGCGUCCUCUUGUCGACACUCAGAGCUAUCCAAUGAACAACAUCAAACGAGGAGGAGUGCUUCAUGCCAAGGAUCUAGAAGAUGCCAAAGCCCACCUUGACGACGUUCUCGGACCGCGCGCCAUCAAGGAGGAGCUGCCAAUCUCGCGACGCAAUCUGGUCAAGCGGUUACUGGCAGAUCAACUCAUCGCUGCACCUAUCGGCUUAUGCCUCUUCUUGAGCGGCAUGAGUAUCAUGGAAGGACUCGAAGGCCACGAGAUAGUCGCCCGUUUCGCUGCGCUGUACUGGCCAAUCAUCAAAGCCAAUUGGACUGUGUGGCCUAUACUGCAAUACAUCAACUUUCGCUAUCUGCCAUUGAGUCUGCGAGUGCCAUACGGCUCAGUAUGCGGCAUCGCCUGGACAUGCUUCCUCAGUCUCACAUCGUCCAAAUGA